GCCAAAGCAAGUCUUAAUAUGUUUUCUGCUAGUGAACAUCAAUAAAUGAUGUUUUGUGAAAUUUUGUGGCGACCGAAGUUUAAGAUGUAGAAUUGAAUCUGCUUUACCAUUUGGUCACUCCUCCCUGUAGUAAUAGGUGGAAGUCCUAAAUUUGCAAGAAAUGAAUGAAGAAGCCGCUCAUGAGUUGGAGUUAAAAAGAACAUCUCCUACAUGGUUGACAUUUAUUAGGAUUUUCUUCAGGCGAAGAGUUCUAAUGCUUGCUUUGAAGAUAAGCAGUGCAGCAGGCUUAAUGAUGCGUUAUAAGUGUUUGGGAUUCCUGCUAGUGAUGUACUUUGUGGCCUUUGGCUGACUCGUUUCUUGUCAACCACCUUUUGUGUGUAUGUGCACAGUUGUCUUUGGAUGAGUUGUUAUUCCGUACUUGUACAGAUAUUAUGGUUGUGCAUUGGUGUCUUUCAGUGACAUAAAUUUUAAAUGCUCAAUGAAUAAACUUUGUUUUGGCAGGUAUAUUGUAAAAUGGAAAUAUUAGCUGUAAGUUUUAAGUCUCUGAUAAAAUCAAUGUACCCAUGCCACAGCCUAGUUCCACAUAAUAGACUGGGAAAUGUGUCAUGGCAAUGCUAUUACAGAACGUAUAAUAGUAGUCAGCAUUAUAUCAGACAGUAUUACCCAAUUCUGAGGAAUGGUGGUGUUAUAUGUCCACAAGUGAGGCCUCAAAGACAAACAUUUGUACAUUUCUCUGUGAACAAUGCAGGGAACCGAUAUUUACAUACAUCAUCUCCAAAGUGUGCGUUGCCUCCAGCGCUGUUGUUAUUUUUGAGGCCCCUGUCUAAAUUUGCGGCUAUUUUGUUUGGCCGCUCAUUACGUAUGUGGUGGAAGAAAUUACCUGCUGAUAAAAGACUGUUCAUGUUAGAAGCAUUUCGAAGCCAUAGAUACCUCCUUCUUGGUCUUGGGGCAUCCAUUGGAAGUGGAAUUUGUUAUUUUUAUAUAACACACCUAGAAGUUGAUCCACUGACAAAACGAGAGAGGUUUAUUGCCUUCUCUGACGACCAAAUGAAAGCAAUGGCAAAGAUAGAACAAGAGACGAUGCUAAGUAAGUUUCAAGGAUGUGUCUUACCAGCCUCCCAUCCAGUUUACAGAGAGGUGGCUAAAGUGGCAAUGCAUAUUCUGGAAAGCAAUAUGGAUAUUGACAAAGUUAAACACACAAACUGGUCUCUCAUUGUCAUCAACAGCAUUGAUGAUAAAAAUGCAUUUGUUCUUCCGAAUGGCACAAUAUUUAUAUUUACGGGAAUGCUGACAGUGUGCAAUAGCAUAGACCAGCUGGGGAUUAUUAUCUCUCACGAAGUAGCACAUGUACUUCUGUCACAUAUGGCAGAGCAGAUGAGCAGAUUGCAUUUACAUGAAUUAUUGAUGAUUGUGCCAAUUAUUAUAUUAUGGGCAUUGUUUCCUGAUGGUGUUGCCAUGUUUUCUCAAUGGUUGUCCAAUUUGUUUGUAAAUACUCUUGUUCACUUACCGUUUAGUCGCAGUGUUGAGUCUGAAGCUGAUGAAGUAGGUUUGCAGUUGGCUGCCAAGGCAUGUCUGGAUGUAAGGGAGGCCAGUGCAUUUUGGGAGAAGAUGAAAUCACUCAGUGAUAGUGAAUCUGAGGAAGUAAUUGAAUUCUUGUCUACCCAUCCUGCAUAUGACACGAGGAAGAAGUUUUUGGAUUCGAAAGUUCCAGAAGCCAUGAAACUCCGAGAAAAAUGCAAUUGUCCAGCUCUUUCACCUCUUGACCCAAGAACUAUUAUUAAGACUGAAAUUUCACGGAAAAUACUCUAAUAACGUUGCAAGAUUCAACAGCGCAGACUCCUUGGUGACAGGAGUUUUGUCAUAUAUGGACAUGUAACACUUGAGAUCAGGACCAUAUGAGGUAGCACAGUGGUAAGACACUGGAACUGUGUGGGAGGACAGUGGUUCAAAUCCCCAUCCAGUCAUGUAGACUUAAAUAUUCCAUGGUUUACCCAAAUAGGAUAAGCCAAGGUAGUUCCUUUGUAAAGGUUACUCUCCUGAUUUCCUUCACUCCAUCUUUCUACAAUCGGAGCUUGUGCUCCACCUCUAAAGAUGACCUUGUCGACUGAAUGUUAAAACCUAUCUUAUUCUUUUAUACUUGAUAUCAGGAUGUGUGUGUUUUCUCAGAAAAUAAAUAAAAUUGAUCUUGUCUUUUGUCGAUUGUUAGUGCAUCUUGCAAAGGAGUGUUUAACAUAUGCUUUGUAAUAGUAGUCUAUAACACAUUGAUGUCUAUACUAAACAGAAUUUCCUGUAUCCCAACAGUUUAAAUUUAUAUUGCAUUUUUGUGUGAAUUUGUAAUUUGAAAUUAUAAAACAACAAAAUAAUGAUGCUUCCAUUAUUUUAUAGUGAUAGCCACUAGUUUUUAGUGACUUGUUGGCUGUCAAUUUUCCCUUAGUGUACUUGCAUGAAUAUGUAACCUAUGUGGUCCAACUCCUGCUAUGGAUUUUCUUGUGUGGAAAUUUAAUAGCAUAAUGUUGUCAAAGCAUUCUGUAUUUUUUCCUGAUUGCAUGUCUGCAAGCAGUCCAUUUCUUUUUUCAGUCUAUUCGUGACUGAAAGACAGAAUUUACAUUUUUAAAUUUAACACUUUGGGUACAGGGUGUUUAAAAUGGGUACCAUGUUCAUACUGGAGAUAAUAUUUGUCAAAAUCUAACAAAAGUCCUGCAAGCAUAUUUGUGAAAACAAAGACUUGUUAAUGUAUGGGCCGUUCUGUCAGGACAACCAUUAGUUUCUCAUCACUCCAGUAGGUGUGUGUGAUCAUCCUUUCUUUCAUAUCCUUUAGCACUUAUUAAAGAAUCGUGAUCUCAUGCAAACACACCUGAAAGCACUCAGAUUUGGUAGGCAUCAAUGGCCUCAUGUCAUGCACCCAGACAGUCUUAAAAUCAUCACCAUAAUCAGAUUUAAUUACACGUACAAGAAACAGGCUCCUGUAAAUUGUGCAUGUUGUUGAAAUGUGUGGCAUACACAAUGUUUUUAAAUGUCCACUUUGCCAUAACAUUCAAGUAAACAGGGACACCACACUGCUAGACCAUUUUGAUGAAUCCAUCACUCAUUAAAUGUUUUGAUUAAAGAUAGAAAAUGAGAUGGUGCCCCAUUGUGCAUGAACCACAUCUGUUGUUUUUCUGCAAGAGUAACAUUGUCAGGUAACAUGGAUAAUUUGUCAUGCAGAAGUUGUUGAUGAACAGUGUUCGUUAGUGUGACAGUGAAGGGUACAGCCUUGUGAAUAUGAUACUAUCAUUUCUGCCCAUUCAUAGAUACGAAAGUGGACCUGUUGUCUUAUUUCAAUGAUCACUCUCUGUUUUGAAAGUGCUCACAUUGUGAGUGUUGUGAGAGCCUCUUUCAUGGGAACUUCAGCAGCUUCAUAUAGGCACUUUACUGCAGCCCUGAAACUGUAUUGUAUUUGGGAAUUUAAUGAUCAUGUAGGAAUGCAUAAAUAACUAUACUUCUUCCAAUCAUUCAUGAACUGAACACUGAGUAUUGGUUCUUAAGAUUUUUUUUUAGUCUUCCACAUUUGAUGGUCUGAAAAAAAAAAAAAAUGCUUCUCAAAAAUACAUUACUGAUUUAAUUUGGUCAUCAUACCUUCUCUUGGAUGUAUCUGUCAAGCUGAUAUCCCAUUUCCCAGUUCACUGCAAUGUUUGUUUUAUUAAAUAUGUAACUCAUUCUGGUGGUUUAGCUGUAUCUGUAAUGAUAUUACCUAUUGGAUUAUUUUUAUGUACUGUAGUAGUUCCACUAGGAGUGUGGAAAUUGAAAUGAAAUUUGUAAUGUCACUAUUUCCACUGUUACUUAUAUGUUUCUUCUACACCUGCAUUUAUUAUAUCUUUUCUCUCGUGGUCUGUGUUGACAUUUCUUUAACUGCCUCCAUUUUGUUACAAAUGGAUACUGACACAAUGUACGAGGCCUGUUCAGAAAGUAAGCUCCGACUGAUUGCCAAAUUGAAACCACAGUGAACAUCAGAAAUGUUUUACUUCUAACAAUUAGCUACACCUUUCAGCUACUUCUCUACGUAGUCGCCGUUCUGACUUAGACUUUUGUCAUAGCGUUGUACCAACUUUUCAAUAGCCUCAUCAUAGAAGGCAGCCGCCAGUGCUUUCCGCCAAUUCUCCACGCUGGCCUACACCUCGUUGUCUGUGUCAAAAUGUUGUCUUCAAAGACAGCGGUUCAUGUGACCAGAGAUGAAACGCAGGGGGAGACAAUUGCGGACUGUAUUGUGGGUAAUCUAACAUUUCCAUUUGAAAACGAUGCAGGAGCAUCUUCAUUUCCCCUGCAGAAUGCGGCUGAGAAUUGUCUUGAAGAAGAAACAGCACGACAGUUAUGUAAUGUUAGCUGCAUAGCUUCAGGCGAAAUUUCUCACCAGGCCCUCGUACUUGGCGGCAGACACUAUUUUCUAGACAUCUUUACGCACUCACUGCGAGCUCAGAAAUGAGAAGAGCGACGUGAUGCUAACUGGGGCUAUACUAGAGACACUACCCAACACAUCUGUGCAAAGCUUUAUCGGAUUUUCAUAGUCGUUUCCAUUUCGCGACCGAUCGGAGCUUACUUUCUGAACGCCCCUCGUAGUUAGCUGUAUGUAGUGCACCCAAGGUGUAAUUUCUCAUUGUGAAAAACUUGAGUUGGAUUCUGAGUGUAAUAGGGAGUCCAACAGAAAAAUAGAGCAUGGCAUUGGGGCCAGUACAUCUGUCAGAACUUAAAAUUAAUGUCUGGAAGCUCUCUUUUGAUUUGGAAUAUAAAUGGGGCUAUUUGAAGUAAACUUGCUUGUGAUUUCUGAGAUUUUCUCAGGUUGAGUGAUUAAUAGUGAGCUUUCUUCUGUUCAUAUGAACUGUUAUUUCCAUUUUUGUGCAAUAUUUAAGUGACCAUCCCAGCCUUUAUGCUGGGUCUGUCAUCAAAAUAUUGUGCAUAAAAUGGAAACGAUGUGGCUGAAUGCCCAGAAGCCCAAUAUUAAAUUCACUUGCAUCAGAUCAAAUCAGAGAAAAACUUUUUUCUCUCCAGUGAUUCUGCAACUAUCCCAUAACCUAUCCACUCUUAUAAAACUAAAACAUGAGCGCAUUUGAAAAAGUGCAUGUUUGUUACUCAUGAAGGGACUGUUGCAUAAUUUGUGUUUAUGGGUCCAUCCUGUGAUACCUGCUUAUAUUUGUGUGCGUGGGCUGGAGAAGUAAAGUAAUAUUUGAUACUUGUUCCAUUUUGUUAACAAUGCUUGAGGUGUAACCUGAAAUGAGAUGUACAGAGUUACAGAAGACUGGUUAAAAACUACACCCUUAAUGACUAAUAUGUCAAAUUUCAACCUCAUGUUGGUACUAAUUUUGAGUUUUGCUUUCCAUGCCUUUGUAGUAUCAGAAUGUGUCUAUAUUAUGAAAAUAAAUGUGAAAAUAUUAGCUUUUACCAUCAAACUGGUAGUACUUACAGUAAAACUGUGUGAAAAAUAUUCAGUUCCUUUCUUUCACACUCUUUGAUGUUUCAUUCUUCUCUUAUUAGAAGGUGUUUCUGCUGUAUAAAUGCCACUUUUAUAUACACAAAUGUCCCCAAACAUUGAAAUGCAUUUUUGCAUUCUGUCAGAAAUAAUCAGUGUGAAGUAAUUUGUUAACUGUCAUGUUUAGUAUGUUACCUUAUGUGGUUGGCCUUUUUUGGGAAAUUUUUAUAGUUCUAUAUAAGUGUGUUUUUGUGAACUAUUUAUCACAUAGUUUUGUAUAUUCAGUGCUUAAAAUUAUGUAUCAGAAUUGGCUUAAUCUGUGAUAAAGUUUUUGUGAUUAUCAUUAACAAACAUGUUCAGUCCUAAACUAAGUGUUUUUAAAAUGUGUAUUAAAUGUAUUGAGAAUGUGAAAGUCAUGAUACAAUUAUAUACUUAUGACUAUACCAUUGGCCACAAUGUAGAAAA